AUGAGCCGCUACGGACAUCCUCCGACGAUUGGCGACGUCCCCUUCUCGUGGUUCGAGUACACCAUCUUUGCUCUCCUCGGCGUGGCCAUGCUAUGGGCCUGGAAUAUGUUCCUAGCUGCCUCUCCGUACUUUGCCUCGCGCUUCUUCUCGCAUCCUUCCAUCGCGCGCACAUUCCAGUCCUCGAUCCUCACCGUCUCGACCAUCACUAACCUGACCGCGACCCUCCUUCUCACCCACAUGCAGCGUGGUGCCGACUACGCCAACCGCAUCAAGCUGGGGCUCGUCAUCAAUACCCUUGCCUUCGCCCUUCUGACGCUCUCCACCUCCCUCUUUCGCGACAUCUCCCCUGAGGCCUAUCUCGGGUUUCUCCUGGUAGACGUGUGUUUCUCAGCGCUGGCCACUGGCCUCUUCCAGAAUGGUGCCUUCGCCUUUGCCGCCAGCUUCGGGCGAUCCGAGUACACUCAGGCCAUCAUGGCAGGUCAGGGCCUCGCCGGCGUGCUGCCCGCUCUGGCGCAAAUGAUCUCUGUGCUGGUGGUGCGGCCGCCGAAACCAGCAACCGGCGCUGCGCUUCCUCAGGACGGGGGGGAUGGUGGGCGGAGCAAAGAGGACGAUGCUCUUGGCGAUGCGGCUUUCAUCUACUUUCUGACCGCAGUGCUCAUGUCCAUCGUCACGUUGGUGUCUUUCUUCCCGCUGGUCCGGCGCCACCAGCGCCUCGCCGCGGCCCGUGUCGCGAGACUGGAUGACAAUGAUGACAACGACGGCGGCGGCGACGACGGAAUGGCUGGCCACCAGCAGCGGGCGACACGUAAGGUCGUCUCCAUCCUAACUCUCUUCCGCAAACUCCACUGGGCUGCGGGGUCCGUGGCCAUCUGCUUCGUGGCGACCAUCGGCCUCUUCCCCGUGUUCACAGCCAAGAUCCUCUCGGUGCACCCACCGCCACGCAGCCGCUUUCUAGACCCGGAAGUCUUCAUACCGCUAUCCUUUCUCGCCUGGAACACGGGCGACCUCGCAGGCCGCGUGUCCACCGCCGGCCCCCUCAACGCCCGCGCCCGCCGUCGACCCGCAGUCUUGUUCCUGUUCGGCCUCGUGCGCUUCGUCGCCCUGCCGCUGUACCUGCUGUGCAACCUACACGGGGCCGGCGCCGUUGUGAACAGCGAUGUGUUCUAUCUGGUCUUCGUUCAGGUGCCGUUUGGCCUGAGUAACGGCUGGCUGGCGUCGAAUGCAAUGAUGGCCGCUGCUGAGGGCGUGGAGGAGAGUGAGAGGGAGGCUGCAGGCGGGUUCAUGGGGCUCUGCCUGGUCAUUGGGCUGACGGCUGGGAGUUUGUUGAGCUUUACGGUCACAGGAUUGUAG